UCCCUGACACGUUUAUUGAUGAGGUAGGCAUGACCGUAAGAACUGCGAACAAGUUCUCGGUCUCAAUUUCUUACAAAAUAACAUUAUACACUGAUAUUAAACACUUUCAACAUAUUACAAUAUUCAUUAACAAUACAUGCAAUUGACUUGGCACUAUGACAAUCAGUUUUUACUACAAAAUUAAAGUAUUUACCUCGGUCACCAUCCUGCCCGUCUUUGUCUGAGCGCGACUUGGCCGUGAGUGAUGCCCGCAGGCGACUAGCAGGUUAACCCCACACUACCAACAAGUGAGCAUCGGCUUCGGUGCUUAAUAUAGCAUUAAAUACUGAUACUUACACAUAUUACACGUUUUCAUGCAAAUAGAAAACUAUUGAACAUUUCACUUAUAUAUGCCGAGGAAUAAUGACAUGAGGUACAUACAGUAACAAUAUUAUCAAUGUUAAUUGCCCCUGCAAAUCUAAUAUAUUUGUUUAAUUGAUGUGAUAAGUCAUCACUUAUUUUUUUUCCAUUAUUCGGAGACUAAAAGCUGAAGGAGCUUUGGGUCAACAGAGUUGGGCAGGCGAAGACAACUGUAUGGGAUCAAUCAGCAUUAGCAACAUAACAGUUCCACUUAAACAUGAGUUUCUCCAAAGAGGAAUGAAAGGUGAUGACUUGUAUCAUCUAAUGGUCUUGGUGAAGCAUAGGGAGCAAGUGAUUUCCUCUCAGCUGAUGACAACACCAGAAUGUGUAGUGGAAGGAGCAGUUACUUUCCCAAACCUCAUGGCUCUCCAUCACCUUACCUCAGAUUUUAACAUCACUCUCGAAGUAUAAUGCUCUCUGCACUCAGGAGCCUCGCCAGAUGAAUAUGAAGAAGAAACAGAGUCGUAUGAAGCUCACUCCCUUAAAGAAGCUGCACAAACAUGAGUCUCGAACAGCCUCCCCGUCUGUCCAGUCUCCUGGGGGACCAUUUGCUGUUCGCAUGUCAUCUUUUCAACUGGUUGGAUUCACCCACCUAAACAUUUGCACUCUUACCAGGAAUGCUUGGACUCUUGAAAAGGUACCAUAUUCUUCACCGUUAGAUGGACACUUGCUGAUGCAUGUGAACUGUAGCUUUGAAGGAGGCAUCACUGAGCGUGGCUUCCUCACUAUAUUUGAGGAUGUGGGUGGUUAUGGAGCAUGGAACAGGCGAUGGUGUGUAUUGAGUGGAAUGCACCUACGCUUCUGGAGGUAUCCUGAUGAUGAAAUCAGGAAGGAGGCAUCAGGAAAACUGGACCUCCGUUCCUGCACGACACGACAUGUUGAACUGGUGUCACGUGAUGUCUGUGCCCGACAACACACUUUUCAACUCACCCUUCUACGACCUGCACAUCCAGGAGAUGCAACAAACUUAGUGCAGGAAGUGAAAGGAUCUUCAGUUGUAACAAAGAUGCUGUUGUCUGCAGACAGCAAGGAGGAGCAAAUGGUGUGGUGCAACAAACUCAACAAGGCACUGGCUAAUAUACGAGCCUGGGACCCUGAUGCAAUGCAGCCCUAGGACUACCAAGUCUAAAUAGACAUGGUACAUAUUUUACCCUUAUAAUAUUUGUACAUAUAUGUAUUACUUGCACAAAUAACUAUUAUGGCUUGGUUAACCUGAACUCACAAUUAAUAUGCUUAACUUUACAUAACCUCUUUAUUGUUGUAUAAAAUAUAACUAUAUAUCUAUAUAUAAUCAUAACUUGAUACUGAUACAUGUCAGAGAAGUAUUUUAUAUAACGCAUAAUUGUUGAUAUAUUAUGACAAACAAGAAUUAGAAUUAAGGCCAUCAAGAUGCCUGUUAUUAUGGUAAGGAGUGAGGUGCCAUGUACAUAUAAAGGAUUAACUAUUAUAGUUAUUAAGGUACUAAGGUGUUUUUAAGAAUACACAAGACCAGCUUCAUUAUCAUUCCCUGAAUGAUAGUAUUGUUCUUGCCAUUCUGUAUUUACAAUAGCUUUUCUAUCAUUGACCAUCUAAUAUACAUACUUAUACUAAGGCUGUCUCCCCAAAAAAGAGGGAUAACCAAGACAAAGCACACAAGCUUCACAUCCACACUCCAUACCACUCUCUUAACCCCUUGGCCCCCAAAAGAGAAAGUAUUCCUGUCUUCACUUUAUGGGGAUCAGCUGCACCAUGUAUCAUAACAAUAAAUAACUCAUUUCUGUGUUACACAAAAAAAAAAAUAUUCCCCUUUUCUCAUUUCUCUUUUACCAUGUUUGGAAAUGUGAAUGCUACCAAAAUGUCACUCAUUCUCGUGAUUCUGUAGCCUAAUGUGUUAUAUAGUGGGAAUACAACUUCAAGUCCUUUAUAGUUUCACCUGUUGCAAUGGAAAUGUAGUGAGGAUUAUAUUUAUACUUGAUUUUAUUAUUGUGAAUAUUCCCUAUUUUGUAUUGGUCUUCCUGAAUCUGUCUUACUCAAUAAAUACUAGAAUUUUUGUAUGCCUAUGAAGCUUGAUAAAGAUACAGGUUUAUUCAUAAUGAGAUCCCAAAAUGGCAUGAGAAGGAUCCACCAAGCCAGAGGAGAUCAAAAUCAAGAAGCUUAAUGAAUGCAUAGAAGAAAGACAUGGAUGAUGGGUGUAAGACAGAAUAAGAUGGAGAUGGGUGAUUUGCCAUGAUGAUCCCAAUGGGAACGGUCAAAAAUCAAAUUUAAAUGCAGGGAAGGAGUGCUUGCUCCAGUUGAUGUAGGAAAUAGUGCAUUAAUU